AUGCGGCUCAGGAGUGUGAAUUCGGAGCAUGAAGGCUGCGGACCAGUACCGGACCGGACACUCAUUACGUAUCCGUUGCAUCAUCAUCCCUUUUACUCAGCCACAUUCCAAUUCCAACCACUCAUCCAACUCAACAAUAUCAAAAAGAUGUCAAACAAAAGAAACCUUGAAGCUUCUACUUUCGAUUCACCUCCAGUUCAGAAAACUACUCAGUCGAAAAACAAAAAAGUCAAAUUUGUAGCUGAUGCUGGACCUAGUCGAACUUUCAGCGAUGAUGGAGGAGAUGACGAUCUUCAAUAUGAUGAAUUAAAUCCAGUUGGAAAAGUGGGUAAAAGGAGAGUCAAAAAUGAAGGUUACGAUUCAGAUUCAUCUACAGAAAAUGCUGAAGUUCGAGAAAAGAAGUCCAAAACCGAAGAUGAAGAUAUGUUCGACGACGAUGAAGGAGCUUCCGAAUCAGCGUCAAAGAAAUCGAAUAAGAGAUUUGAAAAAGUGGAUGUAGGAAUGAGAUUGAAGCAUGGGGCUGAGGCAAAAGAGUAUCUUGAUCUCGGUGACAUUGAAGGACAGGAGUUCGGGAGGGAGGAGGAUGGUGAUGAUGACGAAACUGGAGAGAACAAGGCAAAAAAAUCAAAAGCAAAAGAGGAGAAUAAUGGGGAUGAUGAAGAUGAAUUUUCUGAUGGUUAUUCGGAUGAAGAAGAAGAUUUCGUACCGGGUGAUGAGUUUGCUAAUGCAGAUGACGCGCCAAGAGCUCGAAGAAAAUCAAAAAAAGGAAUGGGCUUUAUGCUAAGCAAGUUUAAUAUGGCGGAGGAGCUUACUGAAGGCAGAAUGGCUGCAGACGGAAGCUACGUGGCUUCGGUAAAGGAUCCAGAAGCCGCCCAUGACAAUUGGUUGGAAGGUGUUGAUAGCAAAAAGACUAUGAAAAUGGCACGAGAAGCAAAAAGGAAACAAGAGGAAGAAAUUCAAAAAUUAUCGGCCUUACGGGAUCAGCAAGCUCUGCAGCGCACGAGAAAAGACUGUUAUGUAUCGCUCCUGUCGUUUCUUUCGGCUCAGAAUGGUCGAACAGUGUCUCAAACACUUUAUCAACUAGGAUCUGAGAAGCGCGCCCACCAGCAGACGCGAAAGAAGAAAGUCACCAAACGCACUGUGAUUGAUGAGCUUGUGCCCGCUUCAAUCACCGAUGAAAUGGAUAUCGAUAAAGGGAAAGGCAAAGAACGAAGUACUCAAUCUGAUAAAUCCGAAGAACAAAUUGCGAUCGAUCAAAAAAUUGCUGAGAUCACCGACCUUGCAUCUACUCUCAUGGGCACUCACGGUGAACUCGACGUUUAUGACAUGUCUCAUGGAACAAUCACCGGUCUUCUGAAGAGCGAAGGGCUCGUACCUCGAGAUUGGAUCCCUCCAUGUGAUUCCACUGCUCCACUGAACAAUGAAAGAUCGAUCUCAUCGAACCACAAUUCGAACUCGGACCGAAAACCAUUGAUCGCGCGACCUACGACUGCUCUUCAACCAAACAACCCUUCUCCUUCCCUCUUUUACAAGUUCAAACCUGAUCCUAACAAUCCAUCCAGCCUCGCUAUGCCCCCUCAAAUCUACGGACCAUUUGAUCGGCUCACCAUGGAAAGCUGGGCAACUCAAGGUUUCUUUGGUCCCAAUGCAGAUCGAAUCGACAUCAAAGUUGACACUUCACCAUCUGGAUCGAGCCAAUGGUGUACUUGGUCUCAAACUUUUCAAUGA